UUUCUAAUCAUAGAUUCUCCUUGUCAGGAGUUUUACAGAUUUGCAAAAUGAUUACCAUAUCUUGGAUCUGGGGGAUAUUUCUAUCAGUGUGCUGUUGUUUGUGGCUUAUUCUGGGACUAAGGAGAAGGCGAAUGGGUGAACCACCUCUGGAGAAAGGAUGGAUUCCAUAUCUGGGCUGUGCUCUGCAAUUUGGAGCCAAUCCUCUUGACUUUCUCAGAGCAAAUCAAAGGAAACAUGGUCAUGUUUUUACCUGCAAACUAAUGGGAAAAUACGUCCACUUCAUCACAAAUUCCUUGUCAUACCACAAGGUGUUGUGCCAUGGAAAAUAUUUCGAUUGGAAAAAAUUUCACUUCACUACUUCUGCAAAGGCAUUUGGACAUAGAAGCAUUGACCCAAGAGAUGGAAAUACCACCGAAAACAUAAACAACACUUUCAACAAAACCCUGCAGGGCGAUGCCUUGAUUUCCCUCACAAACGCCAUGAUGGAAAACCUCCAACUUACCUUGAGACGUCCUGAACCAAAGAGCAGGGCCUGGGUGACAGAGGGGAUGUACUCCUUCUGCUACCGAGUGAUGUUCGAGGCUGGGUACCUAACCCUCUUCGGCAGAGAGCUUACAAGGCAAGAUGCACAACGAGCAUUUAUUCUAAACAGCCUUGAAGACUUCAAGCAAUUUGACAAAGUCUUUCCUGCCCUGGUAGCAGGACUUCCCAUUCACAUAUUCAUGACUGCCCACAAUGCCCGGGAGAAGCUAGCUGAGGGCUUGAAGCAUGACAACCUCCGAACCAGGGACCACAUCUCAGAGCUGAUCCGCCUGCGCAUGUUUCUGAAUGACACACUCUCCACCUUCGACGCCAUGGAGAAGGCCAAGACGCACCUGGCUAUCCUGUGGGCUUCGCAAGCAAACACCAUCCCAGCGACUUUCUGGAGUCUAUUUCAUAUGAUGAGGAGCCCUGAAGCUAUGAAAGCAGCUACUGAAGAAGUGAACAAAGCAUUAGAAGAUGCUGAUCAAAAAAUCAACUUUGAAGGCAAACCUAUUCAUUUGAAUCAAAUGCAACUGAAUGACAUGCCAGUACUAGACAGCAUCAUCAAGGAGUCCCUGAGGCUUUCGAGUGCCUCCCUGAACAUCCGCACAGCGAAGGAGGACUUCACUUUGCACCUUGAGGAUGGUUCCUACAACAUCCGGAAAGAUGACAUCAUAGCUCUUUAUCCACAGUUAAUGCACUUAGAUCCAGAAAUCUACCCAGACCCUAUGACUUUUAAAUAUGAUCGAUAUCUCGAUGAAAACAGGAAGACAAAGACCACCUUCUACAGUAAAGGCCUCAAGUUAAAGUAUUACUAUAUGCCCUUUGGAUCGGGAGCAACAAUAUGCCCUGGAAGAUUAUUUGCUAUCCAAGAAAUCAAACAGUUUUUGAUUCUGAUGCUUUCCUAUUUCGAACUGGAGUUUGUAGACAGUCAUGUUAAAUGUCCUCCUUUGGACCAGUCCCGGGCGGGCUUGGGCAUUUUACCACCACUAAAUGAUAUUGAGUUUAAAUAUAAAUUCAAACAUUUGUGAAUGUAGAGUUGAAAACAGAGGGCACACAAUGAUAUUACAGGAUGACCGAGCACCAGCACCACACUGUCCCCUUGGACAAAUGCCUUUAGUGGUGGUGGACACGAGUUAGCAGGCCCAUUCUGCUGACUGAUGUUUGCUUGUGAAUCUUGAUAUUUUGGUGACGGCUUCCAGAUACCAUCUCAGACUGCAGUAGUGAAAAGAACUAGUUUCUAGGAGUGCAAUAAUUUGCUUUUGUUUGUAUAAGUCAAUGAAUAUUCAUAUAGCCAGAGACUGAACUUCAUCAUUUCCAGAGAAAGAUGCCUUCUUUUUUCUCAAAAUGAAGAUUUCCAAUUGGCAGAUAUUUUUCCUAAGGAAAUGGUUUUAUUUUUAUAAAACUUGCCCCUUAAUUAUGAGAGAGGUUCAAAUUCACGUUUUAGUGAAACUGAAUUUUUUUUUUUUUGAUAGAUUGUGGAGUUCUUCAGGUGGGAGCACUUACAAAGUAUUAUGACAGGAUAUUUUAAAAGAUUAUACCAUGUCUUUUAAUAAAAAGGAAAUAUUUUUCAACUUCUUCUGUAUGUCCAGUGUUUAGGGCUUUUAAAAUGUUGAUCUUGAUGUCCUAAAAACAUUAAAGAUGCUUUUCAUAUUGUCCCUUUGUAUUCUAAUCUACUGUUGAUGGACUAUUGUCAGGCUUUUAACCAUCUUAUCUAUAUUUUACUAGAUUUCAAAUUAAUGAGAAGAGCUUUUUUUUUCUUCAGAGAUUGAAGAAGUUCUUCUGUCAUUUCUAAAUGUACAUAAGCGAAAAUAAUGUAGCUCUAUGUGAUACAUUUUAAAAUUAAGAUCGGGGGGCUGGUGCUGUGGCAUAUUGGAUUGGGCUGCCGCCUGCAACACUGACAUCCCAUAUAGGUGCUGGUUCCAGUCCCAGCUGCUCCGCUGCAGAUCCAGCUCCCUACUAAUGACGUGGGAAAGCAAUUCUGGGCUCUUGGCUUCAGCCUAGCCCAGCCCUGGCCAUUGCAGUCAUCAGGAGUGAACCAGAGGAUGGAAGAACUCUCUCUCUAUUUCUGUGUCUGUAACUCUACCUUUCAAAGAAAUGAAGUAAAUCUAAAAAAAAAAAAAAAAGCUGGAUCAAAAUGACUAUUUAAAAGCUUUGGUUGUGAAGUAUUCAGCAUUAUUAAAUGCAGCUUAAUGUGUUUUAUUUAAAUAGCUUGUAUCUCUAAAUGGCUUGAAGUUGAAAGAAAAAUAAGGCUACAUUGCACUGUUUACUGUAUACAAUACUUUGAGAAAAUAUUUUAAAUAUAAGUGUCAUCAGCUUAAUAUUUUGACAUGUCUAUGUAUUUAUAUGUAAAUUAUGUUUUUUCUUGUACUAUAAAUGUGAAGGAAACAUUGUAAUGUUCUAAUUUUGAAACAAUUCAUCUUUCAGAAAUAAAAGUGUAAAUAUGUGUAUUCAGAA